AUUAAAAUUAUAUUUAGGCUUAACAAGACUUUAUUUUAUGAGCUGAAAAUGACAACACGUGAAAUGUCAAUAAUUACAAUAAAUACAAAUUAACUUUACUUAGGGCAGAAUGUCAUGGACCACGUGAUGACGGCAUUACGUCGUGGCGUAAAAUAAUCACUGAGUUGUGUUUGAACCGAUUCUUUAAGAUGAACCGUUCGAAUGAACCGAAUCUCGGAAGUGAUCCAAACUUCCACGAUGCCAUGGAAACCCGACGCUUUCCUGGAUUGACCAUGUUAUGAAUAAUCUCGAGAAAAUAAGACACAGCAUGCCUCACAAAGCAGUUAAAGUGGUCGUUGAACUCCACCUGAGGGCGAUAACCUGUCCAGGGGUGCAUCUGCCAGCCAGAGAUGAUGUUUACAUCAGUGUGAGUCUAAUGAAUAAAUACAGGAAGUCGGAAUGUCUUCCUGCAGUGUUUCCAUUACUGAUCCGGGAGAAAAUCAGGUUUGAAAAGAUACUGAAUUAUGCCACCGAUCCUGCAGCAAUAGCUGAAUUCCUGCAGUUUGAAACAGUGAAAAUUGAACUCAUCCAGUUGAUUCCACCAGCUGGAGAAAUACUGGCCAGUUUUGAAGAAGAUGCUCGAAGUUUUCUUUUCCCAGAACCGAAGCUGGCCCCAUCUUUCUCUGGAGUAGAGAGAGCCGUAUUAAUGACACGGCAUCCCACUUUUCCUGGAAUCUCUCCAAGAUUAGAGUUCUCCACAAAGACAACCUUCAGUGAAAUCUCCAGUGAUAAUGACUUCCUGACUGUUCCUGUGAGGGCAAUGAUGAGAAAAACCUCCAAAAAGUCACAGAAACAGGGCAGCACCUCAUCCCACCAAAGACAUCUCUCUUUUGCUCCAUGCAGUCAAAGAGAAUAUUGCGACAGAGAUCAGAGGUCACGUGGACGGUCCUCUUCCCAUUAUUCACCCGUCUCUGCCAGAAACUCCAGAUUAAGGAGUCUGUCACCGCAUCAAUCAAAACAAUCAGGAGAAUCAAGAGACCCAAGAAGCAGCUAUUCCAGACCUUGGAUGGCUGAUGAAGACUCUUCAGACACAGAUGAUCUCCUCGACUACGCAGAAGAAGUGGGCCGUCAUCAUUCCCUAAAGAGAUAUGAGGGAUCUCCCAGCCCAAGACACUCCAGCAUGGAUCGCCAGAGGAACAAUGGUUCUCUCUUGGGUUCUCCUGACCUGUGGGAGGAGGUUCAGGAACGGGUUCAGAACCUUUUAACAUCUCCCAAAGCAGUUCAUAGACUAGCCUGUGGUGCCACUGACUCUGAGAUAGACGAGGUAUUGUCACGCAGACCUGUUUUGGCCCACUCAUGCCCAUUCUAAACACCAGCGUGUGCUAUAAGGAAGUGAUGAAGCAGAGAACCGUGUGAUUUCCUGUGGCAUUGCAUCUUUUUCCAUUCAAUUAUGAGUGUGUUUGUAUUGCAGC